AUGUCGCUAUCUUCACAACUGGUAAUAAGUGACAUUCACACACUCCCUCAAAAAAGUGCCACUGCCAUCAUCGAGUGCAUCACGCGUCUUGAAAAGCGCACUUUCCCGCCCUCAGAAGCAUUCGAAUUUACCAUGGACCUAUGGAAGAAAAAGCCCAACACGCGAGUGAUAUACGUGAAGUUUACAGAGAUGGCCUCUUCAGUAUCUCCGAAAACGAAACUAGCAGAUAGAGUCACUAGUAAUAGUGCUACGAAUGUGAUCGGCUACGCAGUGUACGUGCGUAUGAAAGGCACUGCACUGCUGCAUAAAGUCUGCAUCGCGGAACCGCACCGUGGGCAGGGAGUCGGCAGGCAGUUGAUGGCGUAUAUCGAGCAAAGAUUACGGCGGGAAGGCUGUCAAGCUGUGCAGCUGUGGGUUGACAAGGACAGGGCGGCUGCGAGGAGGCUGUACGCGCGAUGUGGGUUUGAGGAGCAGGAGACGGUAGAGAAUUACUACGGGAAUGGGAGGACGGGGAUUAAGAUGGCCCUGGAGCUCGAAAGCCGCUGA